AUCAACUCUCCAUGGCCAAUUCCUCUUUUGUCACUGAGUUCCUACUGAUGGGUUUCUCCAGCCUUGGGGAACUGCAGCUUGUUCUCUUUGUGGUUUUUCUUUCCCUCUAUUUGAUCACCCUGAGUGGAAAUAUCACCAUCAUCUCAGUCAUCCGCCUAGACUGUAACCUGCACACACCUAUGUACUUCUUUCUGUGUGUCCUUUCUGUCUCUGAGACCUUAUACACAAUUGUUAUCCUGCCCAAGAUGCUUAUCAACCUGUUCUCUGUACUCAGGACACUCUCCUUCAUGAGUUGUGCCACUCAGAUGUUCUUCUUCCUUGGUUUUGCUGUCACCAAUUGCCUUCUUCUGGGAGUGAUGGGUUAUGAUCGUUAUGCUGCCAUCUGCCAGCCUUUGCACUACCCCGUUCUCAUGAGCUGGAGGGUAUGUGGACAGCUGGCAGUAACUUCUAUUAUUGGUGGCUUCCUGAUAUCUCUGGUGGGGACAACUUUGGUGUUUAGCCUCCCUUUCUGUGGCCCCAACAAGGUUGACCACUACUUUUGUGAUAUUUUCCCUGUCAUUCGCCUUGCCUGUGCUGAUGCCCACAUUAAUGAACUGGUCAUCUUCAUUGCUGGAGUCCUUGUGCUUCUUGUGCCCUUGAUCUUCAUCUGCAUCUCCUAUGGCUUUAUUGUCCGCACUAUCCUGAGGAUCCCCUCAGCUGAAGGCAAGCGAAAAGCCUUUUCCACCUGUGCCUCCCAUCUCACUGUGGUUAUUGUUCACUAUGGCUGUGCUUCCUCUGUCUACCUGCGGCCCUCAGCCAAACACACAUCAGGCAAAGACAGGCUGGUGACAGUGACCUAUACCAUCAUCACCCCAUUGUUGAGCCCCAUUGUAUACAGCCUUAGGAACAAAGAUGUCCAGAUGGCUAUUAGGAAAAUAAUUGGGAAGACUGUUUCUUUUCCUAAGAGUUUAUAG